AUGGAAAACUCAGAUGCUGACGAUGAAGAAGGUGAAUCUGGGGCCCAGCACGGAAGUCAGAUGAACCAGUCGGUUCGGGUAGAAGAUUUCUGUGGAUUUGUAAAUAGCCCGAAUGAAGAUUACAGGCUUAUGAGGGAUAACAAUUUGCCCGGUACCAUAGGUGAAAACACAAGACUUCAACAAAUUACAGAGGACCAACCACGAGAAUCAGAUGAAGAUAGAGGUGGAGGGGACCCUUCAGAUGAUACGUCCAGUGGUGACUCUGUAAUAGAAUGGAUUAUCUCUUUUGGAGAUACUGAAAAUAGUACCACAGGAAGUGAGCACGGAGAAGACCAAUAUUGGAUAGAAGUGAGCUGGAGUAGUCCGGAAGGUGGUGAUUUUAGUUUCAGUACAGGGAUAAAUUUUCACCAUAAUAAUGGAAGCCUGGGUCCAGGGAAUGAAUAUGCAUUAUCUCCAAGACGUCCCAGGGCAGAAAAUACAGAAAACAGACAGAGGCAAGUGGGAAAUCCACGAUCUGAGUCAACAUAUGCAACGCCAGCUAGGUCAGAACAAAGUGCUAAUGUAGAAAUAAUAGAAGUCCCAACAACCAGAACUCAGAGAAGAGCGAGAAGCAGGAGCCCAGACCAUCGUAGAACCAGAGCAAGAAUUGAAAGUAGGUCACCUCGGAAUUCAUUGAGUGAAAUUUCACAAAGAUUUCAUCAUAGUGUAUCAUCUCAGACUUUUGAUCAGCCUCUGGUAAAUGAGACUCAGAGGUUUUUUACCACUGGACAACAUGAGAAUUUGAGACAGCAGGCAAGUGGACCUGAGUUGCAAAGUAGGCAUCUUUUUGAAGCUUCUGGAGCACGUAAUGCCUUUCCAGGAGAACUUUCUCCAGACACAACCAGAAAUGGUGAAUAUGGGAGACUGAGACCAAGAAAUCCUAUGACAGUCUUUGAUCUUGAAGUAAGAAGUGAAUUUUCGCCGAGAGACCGCAUAGCUGGUAGACCUCAGUUAACAUUUGAGACACCAAACAACACUGUCACUUUAGAAAGUGAACAAGGAGGACUCAGAAAUACUUCUUCACAUUCUGAGCAGGGAGGUGUGAGAAAUUAUGGCAGAACCGUGAGAAUCCCUUCUCAUAGAAUUGCCACAUCUGCUGCAACUCAGAGCACAUUAAGGCAAAUAAUAACAGGAUUUGAUGAGUCAAGUAACCUUUCGAGCAGUGAUCAUGACUUAGAGCCUACUUGCUCACCCCCGAGUCAGAACAUGGAAAGGACAGAGUCACAGUAUGGAAAAGAUGGUUCCAGUGGCAGUAGGAGUUCUGGUUCCAAUUCAAAUCCUAGCUGCAGACGCCAAUCAAGUUCCUCAUCAAUUUCCAGUUCAAGUUCCACUAAUACGUCUAGUUCUAGUUUUAGUCCUAGGUCCAGUUCCAGCUCCAGUAGUGAAUAUUCAGAAAUUUUGUCAUUGAUCCUUGAAGACAGUAGUGAAGAUAGCUCACCAUCAGAGGCCAGGCAAGAAACGACCUCUGAUGAAGAUGACGCACAGGUCUUCCCUAAUCUUCCUCCGUUUUUCAUCUUAAAUGAAAAUGAUCAUGACAAACCUACAGGACUCACUAAAGCACAGAUUGAGAACUUGGCAGUAAGAACUUUUGGUGAAAAUGAUGCAUUAGCAUCCUGUUGUGUUUGCAUUACAGAAUACACAGAAGGCAACGAGCUUCGCAUACUACCUUGUUCCCAUGAAUAUCAUGUCCAUUGCAUUGAUCGCUGGCUGUCUGAGAACUCUACGUGUCCUAUUUGUCGGUGUAAAGUAAUAGAUUCUAGUGAUAGUGAAAAUUCUAGCUGA